GGCUGGCUGUCAGCAGGUAAAGCACUGCCCGUCAGUGAGUCCUCGUACGGCCGCGCCCCCUCCCCUCGCCAGGAUGAUGUUUGGCUGCAGCAGCAGGAGGCUGUGGUGCGCACUGUCCUUCCUGGGAGCUGCGGCUGGCUGCAGAGUGGGCUUCGUUCACUUAGGGACCAGCACCCCCAUAAAAGACGUAGAAUCUGAUUUCCGAAAGGCCAAGCUGGUUGUUCAGCGCAACAUGAAGAUCGAGCUGCUUCCUGCCCUCACGGACAACUACAUGUACCUUCUGAUCGACGAGGAGACCAAGGAGGCCGCCAUUGUGGACCCUGUGCAGCCGCAAAAGGUUGUUGAUGCGGUGAAGAAACAUGGAGUGAACCUCACGUCAGUCCUCACCACACACCAUCACUGGGACCACGCGGGAGGCAAUGAGAAACUCGUCAAAAUGGUUCCUGGAUUAAAAGUCUAUGGAGGUGACAGCAGGGUGGGAGCGGUAACACAGAGGGUCUCCCAUCUGACAACAUUUCAGGUGGGGUCCCUGCACGUCAAGUGUCUGUUCACCCCGUGUCACACUUCUGGUCAUAUCUGCUACUAUGUGACAAAGCCCAACAGCUCUGAGCCUCCCGCAGUGUUUACAGGUGACACCCUCUUCGUGGCCGGCUGUGGCAAAUUCUUUGAAGGAACAGCGGAGGAGAUGUACAAGGCUCUGAUCGAGAUAUUGGGAAAACUUCCCUCAGAAACGAGAGUUUACUGUGGACACGAAUAUACAAUCAACAACCUGAAGUUUGCCCGGCAUGUGGAGCCCAACAAUGAAGCCAUCAAACAGAAGCUGGCGUGGGCUAAGGAAACGUACAGUAAUGGCGAACCCACCAUCCCCUCCACGCUGGCUGAGGAGUUCACAUUUAACCCUUUUAUGAGAGUCAGGGAGAAGUCAGUGCAGCAGCACGCGGGAGAAGACAACCCCAUCUCUACAAUGGCCGCCAUCCGCAAAGAGAAGGACAAUUUUAAGAGCCCAUCAUCCCGCCUGUAGCUGGAGGAUACAGAGAUUAUUGGAUAUAGAAACGGUGACACCAAAGAGGUGAAGAACUGAUGCAUUUCAGGACCAGACCCCUAAUCCGGUUCCUCACAUCGCUGCUAUUCCAAGGAUUACCCACUGACUCUCCACAUCUCAUCAAUUAUCUUCCAUAGAUGUUAUAUUACUUGAUAAUAACUAAUUUAAUUAACUUAAUUUGGAAAUUACUAUUCUUUAUUAAAGCAGAAACAUA